UAUUCUAUUGAACUGUGAAAACAAUAAUUAGUCAGUGGUUAAAAAAAUAACAAUAUUCGAUAUAAAAACCAGCUUAAAUAAAAUAUAGUCUAUAAAAUAUAUAUAAUGCAUAUAUCAGUUUUUUGGUUUAAAAAUUUGUAGAGGAAAAUAAAACAAAACGUUGAGAUUCCUAUAAAGUGAAAGUGUAGACAUUUAGCCGCUUAACAACUUGAGGGAAAUCACCAAAACUACAAUCUCCGUAAAGAUUAGUAAAAGUAAAAUGUCCUUUUUAAGGGGUUCAUUAAAUUAUGUCUGGUGCACGACCAGUGUUCUUGGCAAAGGGGCGACUGGGUCUGUAUUUCAGGGUGUCAACAAAAUAACUGGAGAAUCGGUUGCCGUAAAGACAUUCAAUCCCUAUAGCCAUAUGCGUCCACCGGAUGUACAAAUGCGUGAAUUUGAGGCAUUGAAAAAGGUUAACCAUGAGAAUAUAGUAAAAUUACUAGCCAUAGAAGAAGAUCAAGAAGGCCGAGGCAAAGUAAUUGUCAUGGAAUUAUGUACUGGUGGUAGUUUGUUUAAUAUUCUGGAUGAUCCAGAGAAUUCAUAUGGUCUCUCUGAAAAGGAGUUUUUAUUGGUGUUGGAACAUUUGUGCGCAGGCAUGAAACAUUUAAGAGAUAAUAAGUUGGUGCAUCGAGACCUGAAGCCCGGCAAUAUAAUGAAAUUCAUAUCGGAAGAUGGUCAAACUAUAUACAAAUUGACCGAUUUUGGUGCUGCCCGAGAGUUGGAAGAUAAUCAACCAUUUGCAUCCCUUUAUGGUACAGAGGAAUAUUUACAUCCAGAUUUAUAUGAAAGAGCAGUUUUGCGUAAAUCCAUUAAUCGAUCGUUUACCGCCAACGUUGAUUUAUGGUCCAUUGGUGUUACUUUGUUCCAUGUGGCAACCGGUAAUUUACCAUUUCGUCCUUUUGGUGGGCGAAAAAACCGAGAAACAAUGCACCAAAUUACGACACAAAAAGCCUCUGGGGUUAUAUCCGGAACGCAAUUGUCCGAGAAUGGACCUAUUGAAUGGUCUACUACUUUGCCACAACACUGCCAUCUUAGUGAAGGCUUAAAAACUCUGGUUACCCCUUUGUUGGCUGGUCUCUUGGAAGAGAAUCGUGAAAAAACUUGGUCCUUUGAUCGUUUCUUUCAGGAGGUUACAAUUAUAUUGAGAAAACGUGUGGUACAUGUAUUUUUUACAAAUCGUACUUCAUCAAUUGAAGUAUUCCUAGAACCUGAAGAACAAAUAGAACAUUUUCGCGAAAGGAUUUUAGUACAAACUAAAGUGCCUUUGGAAAAACAAAUUCUAUUAAUCAAUAAUGAACAUUUGGAAAAACGUAUAACAAUGCAUACCACAGCAAAUGGAUUCCCAGAAACAACUACAGAGACACCCAUAUUUUUAUAUAGUAAUGAUGACAAUAAUGUUCAAUUGCCGCAACAAUUGGAGUUACCCAAAUUUCCAGUUUUUCCUAGCAACGUUUCGGUGGAAAAUGAUGCGAGUUUGGCAAAGGCCGCAUGCAGCGUGGGACAUGAAUGUAAACGGCGUGUGGAUACAUUUACAACCAUUGACAUAUUAAUCAAAAAAGCUGUUCAUCAAUUCAUCGAGACAUUGUUGACAACCAUAACAUUGCUUGUAAAGAAAACCAAACACUUUGACAAACUUCUUAUGACAGUUAUGGAUUAUGCAGAUUCUGUUCAAAGUAUAGCAAAAAUGACUAAAGGUGAUCAAGAGUUCAAAACAAUUUUACACAAUUUGGAGAACCUUAAAAGUGAUUUUGAUGGCGCUGCCGAUGUCAUAAUGCAACUGCAUACUAACUUUAUAUUGGAAGAUCAAUUGAAUGAUCAAUGGACAUCCCAAAUGCAUGGAAAAAAAUGUCCUUGCCGAACAAGAGCCAGUCCCCAAGCUAAAUAUUUAGUUGAGCGUUUGCGCGACUCUUGGCAACAUCUGCUGCGGGAUCGAGCUACUCGUACACUUACCUAUAAUGACGAACAGUUUCAUGCCUUGGAAAAAAUUAAGGUGGAUCGCAAUGGAAAACGUUUAAAGUCGUUGCUUUUGGAUGAUACAAAGCCAGCAGUUGCCCAAAUGGCCGAAUGCCUUGCAGAUUGGUAUAAAUUAGCCCAAACUGUUUACUUAAAAAGCGAAAUCUUGGAGAAAGAUGUUCGGGAGUGUGAGCGUAAUUUACAUGGAAUUAGGGAUGAUUUGUAUAGAUUGAAAACUGAAAUGCAAAAAGAUUUAGAUGCUAAGAUGGUGAACAACAGUAAUCAGUUGUCAAAAAUAGAACAGAAGAAUCGUUUACGGUUUAUGCAGCAACAACAACAGGAUGUUCUUGCUAUAAUGCAACAAAACAAUCAGUUGAUUUCUAUGCUGCAAGAAUUGGGUAUAGGCAUGUCACCCCAUCAAAAGCUAAAACCAUAAACCUUAUUUAUAAUAUUUUAUAUCUGCCGUCAUUCAUAAGUUAAACCGAGAAUUGCACGAUUUCGCUUUUUUUUUACAUUAUGAAGAUACCAAAAAUAAUUGGCUACGGUAUUUUAGAUUUAAGUGUAUGUUUUAAUGUGUACAUUGUUAAGAGAAACCACUGUUGAAAAGCCUGAUUUUUGCAAAUGAAGUUACAUUCUUUAUGUGAUAAAAUAUAUAUGUUUAAAUUUUAACAACGUUA